GGGUUGGAGUCUCGGAGGGGACGGUUAUUCCCGCUUUGUUCUUUCUUUUCUCUUAGCCGAAAAUCUGGAGCACUUGGUCAGUAUCCAUGUCCAUGAUAUCGAUUCAUGAUGCAAUAAAUGAGGGGCUGCCCGGCCUUUCCGCUUUUGGACUGGUUCUCUUAUGGAACGGAAUAGCUAUCUUCCAUCCGUCUUCCGCCCCUCCUUUCGAGGCUGGAUCUCGAGGUUUCCCUUCACCGCAGACCAAGAAGUACUCCCUACUACUCCAGAAGUGGUGGGCGGUGGUUCUGGCAUCCGGGAUCUAUUAUUAUUAAUACUUAGCCAUGAUUAUUCCCAAGAUCUCUCCGUGCUCCAGAAAGAUUCACCGGUACCUUCAUCCAGGCUCACGGGUUCAAUCACAAUUUUUACAUUGGUGGAGUUUAGCAUCGACUACCUCGGCCCUUGCUGCACUGCCAACUCUGCGUGUGUGGAAAUUUUGUCAUCCAUAAAUCCCCCCCACAACUUGGGGGUUCCCGGUGUUUGUUUCAAACCGGAACCAGAGUUCAAUCACCAGGGUCAAAAAAGCCACCUAGAACUUCUUACAUUUCACGUUCAUAAGGGGACAUGCCAUCUCUAGAUCGAAGAUUUUAUUCAUGCAAUAGUCAUCCAUGAUCAGCUGCGUAUUAACAUGUGGAGCAAUAUGUUCCUUCAAUUUGAAGCUACCAGGAAGAGCCCAGCAAAACCAGCC